CUCUCUCUCUCUCUCUCUCUCUCUCUCUCUCUCUCUCUCUCUCUCUCUCUCUCUCUCUCUCUCUCUCUGCUGUUUUCUUUUGCCUUAUGCCUUAGCAGAACUUAUGUGACUGGGAUGCAGGGCCCUCGGGUGUCAAAACUUUGAAGAUUAAUGGAUUACUUUGUUAAUGACUGCAGGCGUCAGACUGAGGUGCUUAAAUGAUUUGUGAGGUGCGAGGCGUCUUUCCGACAGUCCCAAACAAUGCGCGGAGUGUGCGGGGGAGGCAGAGGGCAGCCGCUGGCGGGACCUGCAGCAGGGCUCACACGCACACACUCACACACACUCCAGGGAGCACACUAGAUCUUUCAGAUCGGGAGGCAAACAGGCACUCUCGCCCCCACACACUCCGGGGCAUUCCCAUCCACACCCACAUAUAUGUAUUUUUGCCCUGAAAAAAGUGUAAAUAAAGCCUCGAUGGCCCCCAAUGAGGCGUUCCUUUCUGACUUUUUUGGAUCAAUCAAACAGACAGUGGCUUCUUUUGAUUAAAGCCCAAAUUGUCAUUGGGCAGAAGCAAUCAUGUGACAGCCAAUUCGGUCCAAUUUCAACCUUGUCUCCAUGAAUUCAAUAGUUUAAUAGUAGCGCGGUCCCCAUACGGCUGUAAUCAGUGAAUUAGAAAAAAAACACCCCAGCAGCGAUCUUCUAUGAUAGAUUUUUUUUCCCUCCGCGCUCGCCUUUUUCUUGGGCCUUGCCCCCCCAAAGCCCCUCCAAAAGAGGGAACUUUUUCUCCGAGGGGGCUCCAAGGAGAAGGCCAUGAAUUACGAAUUUGAGCGAGAGAUUGGUUUUAUCAAUAGCCAGCCGUCGCUCGCUGAGUGCCUGACAUCUUUUCCCCCUGUCGCUGAUACAUUUCAAAGUUCAUCAAUCAAGACCUCGACGCUUUCACACUCGACACUGAUUCCUCCUCCUUUUGAGCAGACCAUUCCCAGCCUGAACCCGGGCAGUCACCCUCGCCACGGCGCUGGCGGCCGCCCCAAGUCGAGCCCCGCGGGCAGUCGCGGCAGUCCGGUGCCCGCCGGCGCCCUGCAGCCGCCCGAGUACCCCUGGAUGAAGGAGAAGAAGGCGGCCAAGAAAACAGCGCUGCCGCCCGCCGCCGCCGCCUCCACGGGCCCUGCCUGCCUCGGCCACAAAGAAUCCCUGGAAAUAGCUGAUGGCAGCGGCGGGGGAUCCAGGCGCCUGAGAACUGCUUACACCAACACUCAGCUUUUGGAGCUGGAAAAGGAAUUUCAUUUCAACAAGUACCUUUGCAGACCCCGAAGGGUGGAAAUCGCCGCGCUGCUGGAUUUGACUGAGAGACAAGUCAAAGUGUGGUUUCAGAACCGGAGGAUGAAGCACAAGAGGCAGACUCAGUGCAAGGAGAACCAAAACAGCGAAGGGAAAUAUAAGAUCCUGGAGGACUCAGAGAAAGUGGAGGAGGACGAGGAAGAGAAGUCUCUCUUUGAGCAAGCUCUCAGCGUCUCCGGGGCUCUUCUGGAGAGGGAAGGCUACACUUUUCAGCAAAAUGCGCUUUCUCAACAGCAGGCUCCCAACGGACACAAUGGCGACUCCCAAACUUUCCCAGUUUCGCCUUUAACCAGCAAUGAGAAAAAUUUGAAACAUUUUCAGCAUCAGUCACCCACUGUUCCUAACUGCUUGUCAACAAUGGGCCAGAACUGUGGAGCUGGCCUAAACAAUGACAGUCCCGAGGCCCUCGAGGUCCCCUCUUUGCAGGACUUUAAUGUUUUCUCUACAGAUUCCUGCCUGCAGCUUUCAGAUGCACUGUCGCCCAGCUUGCCAGGCUCCCUGGACAGUCCUGUAGAUAUUUCAGCUGACAGCUUUGACUUUUUUACAGACACACUCACCACAAUCGACCUACAGCAUCUGAAUUACUAAGAACAUUAAAGCAAAACAAAGCGCCCCAACACAAAACCCCUUUAACCAGGUGGUUUUGCCUUCUUUUAUUCCGGGGGUUCAUUUUCGUUUUAUUUUCUUCUUGAUCUAACCCCUACUCUCUUAAAUGUUGAGGAUUUUCUGUUUAAUGUUUUCCUCUGACCCAGUUUUAAAGCCAUCUCUUAUGGAUUAUGUUGGUGUUUUAGUCGUUUUACACCGAACCCAACAAGCUUCUAUGUGAUUCUCCUGGAAACAAAACACGAGGCCUGCAAGAAAGUGACCAUAAAUUGUCUUGUCACUUUCUUUUUAUUUUUGUAUCACAUUAGGAUGCAUUGUCAUGCGUAUUUUUGGUAGAAUAAAUUCUCCUUUGCUAUAA